CGCGCGCCAUGGCGGCCAACGAGGACCAGGAGAUGGAGCUGGAAGCGCUGCGGUCGAUCUACGAGGGAGACCGGUGCUUCAGGGAGCUCAGCCCCGUGUCCUUCCAGUACCGGAUAGGUGAAAAUGGAGAUCCCAAAGCUUUUCUAAUAGAAGUGUCUUGGCCAGAAACAUAUCCACAAACAGCACCAGUCCUAUCGAUGGACGCUUUCUUCAACAACACAAUAUCUUCAACUGUUAAAAAAAGUAUACUGGAUAAAUUAAUGGUAGAGGUUGAAGCUAAUCUUGGAACUGCUAUGACAUAUACACUUUUUGAAUAUGCCAAAGAUAAUAAAGAAUUGUUCAUGGAAAAUCAGCCUGUUCACACUGUGACUUCAGCAAGCAAUAGUAUCGCAAUUGGAACUCCUGAUGUGCCAGCAAGUAAGAAAAAAGAUAAAAAGGAACAGUUAUCCAAAACCCAGAAACGAAAGCUAGCUGACAAAACAGAUCACAAAGGGGAACUUCCUCGAGGAUGGAACUGGGUGGAUGUAAUUAAGCAUUUAAGCAAAACUGGUUCUAAAGAUGAUGAAUAAAGGACUUUGGUACAAGGAAACACCACCUUUUAAUACAGUACAAUUUUGGGUCACCAUCUUUCUCUUAAUAACUUUCUUACUUGUUGAAGUAAACGUUUUAUAAAGCUCACUUUCCUAACUCGUAAACCUAGUCACACAAAUUGAUCUAGAGACUUUGUGAUCUUUGACAACAAAACUUGCCUUAAAUGAAGGUUAGAAUGUGACAAAGGAUAUAGAGAGCCAAUGUGAUGAAAUGAAUAGUGAUAUAUGCAGUGUUAAUUAAUUUAUAUUUUACUUUGUAGUAAAAUCCUGUUAUAGUGAAGCAAUGAUACUGUAAACAUUUCUUGAUGUUCUUUUUGAAUAGAAAAAAGGAAAAAAAACACUA